AUGCAUCUUUCUCAUCUUAUCCGAUUUUUGCUUGUUGUGGGAGGAUGUAGUUUUCUCUUCUCAGUUUUUGUUCCUCUCUUAUUGGUGAAACCACCAUCGAUAUCGGAUCAAGGAAGAAGUGAUUUAUUAAAGAGGGAUGAUGUCAGCAGUGCAAGGAGAGUCAUUGAAGAGUAUCGGAAAGAGCAUCAAUUACCCUAUUAUUUUGGUCGAUAUUUAACAACUUGGAAUUUAAAUGAUUUAUUCGAGGACUAUGUGGAUUUUCAUGAGAAGCAUUCGAGGGAAUUUUGUUUGCAGCCCUCCGUUAUUGAUUCAUCCUCGUCAUCAUCAAAAAAGAAGGUUGGAAUUUUGGUAUUUCGGCCUUGGCAGAGUAGUGGUUUGGCCAAUGUGUUGAUUGGACUGACGUCAAGUUUCAUGUUGUCACUUCUCUCGGGCCGAUUAUUCUUCAUUAAUUGGUAUGGCCAUUACUAUUGCAAUAUUCAUGCGAAAAAUUUGUUUCAAAAACCACACGCCAGAUAUAAUUGGUGGUACGAAGACUUUUUGACGGACCAAAAUCUGAAUGAGUGUGCACGAAAUUAUCCAAACUUAAAGAUACCGACACUUUUUGAUGAUUCUCUGAAAAAUUAUUAUGGAAAUUUAGAAUUAACACACAGAGCAAGAGAAUCCGAUUACAUGUUUGAAUUAUUGAAGUGUUUGAAUAUUACUGAAGAAUUUGACAGAAUGGGACCAAUUAUUGAGAUUACUAGCAAUCAAUACUUUUUACCUCUCCUCUAUCAAUUUAAUCCUUAUCAUUCUGCUCUUUUACAUUUAAUGUUUCGUGACGCUGACAUGUUUGGACCACUUUCAAGAUUUCUGUUCCAUCCUUUGCCAUCAAUUCAACAAAAAAUUGACAAGUAUUUGGAAGAACAUGACAUUUACAUUUCUCCACAUCAAUUGGAAAAUAGAAAACAAGGAAACACCAUCAUGUACGGCAUUCAAAUACGACGAAAUGAGAAUGAAAAGCAAAUGGACUGGUUUCGAGAAAAGCAUGAACAAUAUUUCUGGCAAGCAUGUCGGCAAGAAUUACUCUCCAAGCAUUCUCAACAAUUUCCAAACAAAGAUUUUAAAAUUAUGGUUAUUUCUGACAACAUUACUGUGGUCGAGCAUGCAAAGAUUGAAUUUGGAGCAGAGAAAAUUCUUCAUUACGAAGAGCAAAAAUUAACCUUCACAAGAGACAGCGAAAGUAUUGUAGGUGCCCUUAUUGAUGCGUGGCUCUUCUCUCAUAGUCAAGGAUUUGUUGUGAGUAAGCACAGUACGUUUGGUAAUUUGGGUCAUGGAAGGGCUUCCAUCAAACCAUUCAUUGUCUAUCAUUACAAUAAUGGAGAAAAAUGUGCUUGGUUUAGACCUCAAACGAGCGAACCAGAAUUUCAUUGGUAUGGUCGGCAUCGAGAAAUUACCUCGUGUCGAGGAGUGGCCAUGAAGAGAAAUCAAGCUAAGCCUUAA